AUGGCUGCGGCCACGGUCUUACGGGCCUGCGGGGCAAAGAGGCCCGGCUGGCUCAUGCGCGGCCCUUGGGCUCCGCUCGCCUCCGGCUUCUGCAGCCGGGGACCAGCCGAGGCCGGGCGGCGGGAACCCGAGCCGCGGCCCACCAGCGCUCGGCAGCGGGACGGCAUCAGGAACAUUGUCUUGAGCAACCCAAGAAAGAGGAAUGCCUUGUCACUUGCGAUGCUGAAAUCUCUUCAAAGCGACAUUCUCCAUGAUGCUGAAAGCAAAGAUCUGAAAGUCAUUAUCAUUUCAGCUGAGGGGCCUGUAUUCUCUUCUGGGCAUGAUUUAAAGGAAUUGACGGAUGAGCAAGGUCAUGGCUACCAUGCGGAAGUAUUUGAAACCUGUUCUAAGGUCAUGAUGCAGAUCCAGAGUCACCCCAUCCCCAUCAUUGCCAUGGUCAAUGGCUUGGCUGCUGCUGCGGGCUGUCAACUGGUCGCCAGCUGUGACAUCGCCGUGGCGAGCGACAAGUCUUCUUUUGCCACUCCCGGUGUGAACAUCGGACUCUUCUGCUCUACCCCCGGGGUUGCUUUGGGAAGAACAGUGCCGAAAAAGGUUGCCUUAGAAAUGCUUUUUACUGGGGAGCCCAUUUCUGCUCAGGAGGCCUUGUCCCAUGGGUUGCUCAGCAAAGUAGUGCCCGAAGAGCAACUGGAGGAAGCGACCAUGAAGAUAGCGAAGAAGAUUGCCUCUUUGAGCCGCCCCGUGGUGUCUUUGGGCAAAGCUGCCUUCUAUAAGCAGCUACCCCAGGACCUUAGGACAGCCUACUGCCUCACCUCCCAGACCAUGGUGGACAACCUGGCCCUGCAGGAUGGCCAGGAGGGAAUCAAGGCCUUCAUCCAGAAGAGAAAACCCAUCUGGUCACACUGA